GAAUCUUCCUUAACCGAUCAGCGACCAGAACUUACAAUCAUUCGUGAGGUGACCGCGGUGCUGAACAGAUGAGCCAUGGGUUCAAGUGGGAAGUUACGCUGCUUGCAAGUGAUUUUAUUCUGUGCUUUUAUUAGUAACUUAUGUGAUGUUGGAUCUACCUACCGACUAGCAAGGUCUAAAUGGUUGAGCUCGAAAAAAUCAAGUGGUCGCGAAACUGGCAAAAAUGCUGUAAAUGAUUUAGAUGCCUCCAAUCUAUCUUCUGGACUGAAUGGAAAUGUUCCGGCAGAAACAAAUGCAAACCUAGCACACUUGCCAAGUUUAAUCGAUUUGAUUGCUCUUCACCCGGACCCUAGUGCUACGAGGCCGCCAAUACCAGCUGAACCGAUUUUCUCAACUACAACACCUGUGACAACAACUCCAACUGUAACGGACCCAACUACAACAACAACUACUACAACUACACCUGAAUCUUCAAGUUCUUCGACGGUUUCAACACCAACAACCGAAAUGCCAAGUACUUCAACGGACUCAUCAUCUCCAGCGGUGACAGAAACAACACCUACGACUCCUGCGCCAAGUUCCUCAACGGACUCAUCAUCACCAGCUGUGUCUGACUCUACAACGGAGACAUCGAGUCUUCCGACAGAAGCUUCUUCCCCAGCCGUAUCUGAUCCAACUACAACUGCAGACUCAACAUCAACCACUCCUGUAACGUCUACCGAUACCUCGACUGUAUCUGACACGCCGAGUCCUCCAACGGAAGCUUCUUCUCCAGCAGUAUCCGAUCCAACUACAGCUCCAAGCUCUUCAACGGACUCAUCCCCAGCUGUAUCGGACUCAACAUCAACCACUCCUGUAACGUCUACCGAUUCCUCGACUGUAUCUGACACGCCGAGUCCUCCAACGGAAGCUUCUUCCCCAGCCGUAUCUGAUCCAACUACAACUGCAAGCUCUUCAACGGACUCAUCUCCAGCUGUAUCGGACUCAACAUCAACCACGCCUGUGACGUCUACCGAUACCUCAACCGUGUCUGACACGCCGAGUCCUCCAACGGAAGCUUCUUCUCCAGCAGUAUCUGAUCCAACUACAGCUCCAAGCUCUUCAACGGACUCGUCAUCUCCAGCGGUGUCUGAUCCAACAACUACGACUGAAGGGUCAAGCUCAUCUGACACACCAACUCCUCCAACUGACUCUACUCCAAGUUCCUCUACCGAUCCCACUCCAACUAGUACUGUCGCUCCGGCAGCUAUUGUCGGCCAAAAACCACACGUGUUCCAGCUGUUCCCUGGUUUUAAACCACCAUCAAGUGGUGGUGCACUGUUACCGACAGUUGGCAGCCAUCCAGCCUCGGCAGACGGUGGUAGCCCCGUAGCCAAUGAUAGUCCAGUCGAUCAGGUACAAACAACGGCUUCUCAACUUUUAGCCAUUGCAAACAUUCCAAAUGUCUUUAACACUACAGUGGGUGGUCUCAACGCAUUAACUUCAAUCCCAAACACUUCAGGUAUCAAUGUUCCCCAACUAUCAAUGCUCAUAGGUUAGUUGUCAUUGUUAAAAAACGGGGAUUUUUUUCAAGCAUUUAAACAAACUUAUUUUGCAACAAUAAACAUCACAGUUUUCUUUCAAAUCCAAUCACAA